CUGUUUAUGUUUGUGUUAGGUAGGGCCCAGAAGAGAAGAGGAAGAGGAAGGGGCCAUGGCGCCGCCACAAAUGUAUGAGCGCCGCCUCCUCGCCGCCGCCUCCCUCCUCCUCUCCGCCGAUGCGCAGGGCCAACCACCCCACGCCGCCGCCCAACUCGGAGUCGGAGUCACGGCCGAGCUCAAGCCGCACCAGGUCGAUGGCGUCGCGUGGCUCAUCCGCCGCUACCAACUCGGCGUCAACGUCCUGCUCGGUGACGAGAUGGGACUUGGCAAGACCCUCCAAGCAAUCUCUUUGUUGAGCUACCUCAAGAUCCACUCCAUCUCACCUGGACCAUUUUUGGUCUUAUGUCCUCUAAGUGUCACCGAUGGCUGGCUCUCGGAAUUCAAUAAAUUUUGUCCUUCUUUGAGGGUUAUCCAGUAUGUUGGUGAUAAGUUGCACCGUCGUGAUCUCCGGAGAAUGAUGUUUCAGGAUGUCCAAAAAUCUUCAUCGUCAUCUCAUUCCACUGAGUUACCGUUUGAUGUCAUGAUGACAACCUAUGACAUAGCCUUAAUGGACCAAGAAUUUCUUUCACAAAUUCCUUGGCACUAUGUUGUCAUUGAUGAGGCCCAACGUCUUAAAAACCCAUCCAGCGUACUGUAUAAUGUCCUUGAGCAACGCUUUAUCAUGCCAAGACGUCUGCUACUAACGGGCACCCCUAUCCAGAAUAACCUUUCUGAACUAUGGGCAUUGAUGCACUUUUGCAUGCCCUCGAUUUUUGGUACCCUGGAUCAAUUUCUUUCUACUUUCAAGCAAUCAGGUGAUUCAUUGACAGGUGGCGAAACUAAUAAAACGGACAAACAGUUUAAGAUCCUUAAACAUGUACUGAGAGCAUUUAUGCUGAGACGAACUAAAGCUUUACUAAUUCAAAGCGGAAUUUUGGCAUUGCCUUCAUUAACUGAGUUAACAGUGAUGGUACCUCUGACACCCUUACAGAAGAAACUAUACUUGUCAGUAUUGAGAAAAGAGCUGCAAACACUACUUACAUUUACUGGAGGAUUGUCCCGCCACCAGUCUCUGCAAAACAUCGUUAUACAACUGCGAAAAGCUUCUAGUCAUCCAUAUCUAUUCAGUGGCAUUGAACCUGAGCCUUAUGUGGAAGGGGAGCAUUUGGUUCAGGCUAGUGGAAAGCUUGUCAUGCUAGAUCUCAUUCUUAAGAAGCUCCAUGAAGUAGGCCAUCGAGUUCUGCUAUUUGCUCAGAUGACUCAAACACUGGACAUUCUUCAGGACUUCUUAGAAUUGCGUCAGUACACCUAUGAACGUCUGGAUGGUUCAGUGCGUGCUGAGGAACGGUUUGCAGCAAUAAAAAGUUUCAGCUCUCAACCUACCAAGGGUGUUGUCAGAGAUGAUAAUCAGAGUGGAGCUUUUGUUUUCAUGAUAUCAACUAGAGCAGGGGGUGUUGGCCUUAAUCUCAUUGGUGCUGAUACUGUUAUUUUUUAUGAGCAAGAUUGGAAUCCUCAAGCUGACAAACAGGCCUUGCAGCGUGCACACCGCAUUGGACAGUUAAAUAAUGUAUUAUCAAUAAAUUUGGUAUCACAACGCACAAUUGAAGAGGUCAUCAUGCGAAGAGCAGAAAGAAAACUUAAGCUUAGCCACAGCGUUAUUGGAGAGGAGGAUGCAACUUAUGGGAAGGGGAAAUAUGUAGAAAAUGAAGCUAGCGACAUGCGCUCGAUUAUAUUUGGCUUACACCUAUUUGAUACUUCAGAUACGACUGCAGAGACAAUGAAUGAUGACACAGCUUCGGAGACUAUCAAAGAAGAGACUAUGUUGAAGCUGAAAUCAAUGUCUGAAAAAGUAGUGUUGAUGCGUAGUCAUGAACCUUCAGAAAAGGAUGAACGGGCAUUCGAAAUCAAUCCAAAUAUGACAGACAACAGUGGGGCUGUUGUUACGAGGGUAUCUGAUUCCGUUAAUGUUGAUCCGGAUUUUAAUGAAGCCGCAUACUUAUCCUGGCUUGAGAAGUUUAAAGAGUCUUCGCAUUCUAAGGAAAAUACCAGAGCUGAACUAGAAAGGCAAAGAAUAGCACCUGAAGAAAAGUUCCUAAAACGUGAAGCUAUUAAGAAAAAGGUGGAAGAAAAGAGAUUAGCCAAAUGGGAAUCCUUGGGGUACCAGACAUUAAAGAUCAAAGAUCCUGACAUCUUACCGAACCAGAAUAUUCCAGACUCUGGAUCCGUCCAACUUGUAUAUGGAGAUUGCACUAAUCCUUCAGUAGUUUGCCCUGCAAAGCCUGCCAUCAUAUUCAGUUGUGUUGAUAAUUCAGGAACCUGGGGACAUGGAGGAAUGUUCGAUGCUUUGGCCAAUCUCUCAACAUGCAUUCCAGAUGCUUAUAAUCGUGCUUCUGAAUUUGAUGAUCUCCACCUGGCAGAUCUUCACUUGAUUCAGUUAGAUGAAGCCAAGUGCAACCGGAGUUUAGAUGCUCCUCUCUGGGUCGCGCUAGCUGUUGUGCAGUCUUAUAAUCCAAGGCGAAAGGUUCCACGAAGUGAAAUUUCCAUACCUGAUUUGGAGCUUUGUUUAUCAAGAGUGGCCUUUUCAGCUGCUCAACAUUCCGCGAGCAUCCACAUGCCCCGAAUCGGUCUCCAAGGUGGAGGUGGAGGUGGGUCCCAACGAUCAGAGUGGUACACCAUAGAACGGCUGCUGAGGAAAUACUCGUCUCUUCAUGGCGUCGACAUCUUUGUGUACUAUUAUAGGCGAGGGAACAAGCACUAGUUGGCAGCUUAAACAAUAGAGAAUGGCCAUAGUACAUAAGGAAGUGCCCCUCACCCUGUAGACUAGGAAAUGCCUGCCAUCUGUAAUAUGAAUGCAAUGCAUGUACUCUGAAAGGAGGAGGAGUAGUAGUAGGAGAAGUCUCUUGUGUAAUGUCUAAUGCCUCGCGUCAGUUAGCUACGAAAAAUGUUUGUCUGAACAAGUGAACCGAAAACGAAAAAUGUUUGCCUGAACAAGUGAACCUCUUUUCUUGUUGGACGCAAGGGCCUCUCUUCUUGUUCCUCUUGUGCUACUGUUGGUGUUGGUGGUAAAGAUGAGAGAAAAAAAGAGGGUAUUUGGGUGAACUCAUCCAGUUGAAAGUGGUAAGUAUUUUAGUGAAGAGGCGUUUGGAUGAUGUGGACAGAAAUUGAAAUAGGGAAGGGAAGGGGAGGAGGGCAGGUGGCGUGGGCGAUGAUGACGUACGGCCCCGUGCUCCUCUGUGGUCUGUGUCUGUGUCUGUCUCCCCUCCCAACCAGACGCCUCCUCUCUCCAAGUCCGUCUGCCUCUCUCACCACCACCACCGUGCGCUGCUCCAAGGGGGAGAUGGCGGUGGUGAAGUGCAUCAGGGUCCACGAGCUGGGCGGGCCUGAGGUGUUGAGAUGGGAGCAAGUGGAGGUCGGGGAGCCCAAGGAGGGCGAGAUCCGGAUCAAGAACACCGCCAUCGGCGUCAAUUUCAUCGACGUCUACUACCGCCAGGGGGUCUACUCCGCUCCACUGCCCUUCGUCCCUGGGAGGGAAGCCGUUGGAGUGGUGACCGCUGUAGGUCCUGGCCUGACUGGCAGAAAGGUUGGGGACGUCGUCGCCUAUGCCGGCAAUCCCAUGGGCUCUUAUGCUCAAGAGCAGAUUAUUCCCGCCUCCGUCGCUGUUCCCCUUCCUCCUUCCAUCGACCACAACACUGCUGCCGCUAUUAUGCUCAAGGGGAUGACUGCUCACGUUCUACUUCGCCGUGUUUACAAGGUCCAGAGUGGUGAUUGUGUUCUGGUCCACGCUGCUGCCGGUGGGGUUGGAUCACUCCUUUGUCAAUGGGCAAAUGCCCUUGGUGCCACUGUCAUCGGGACUGUUUCAAAUGAGGAGAAGGCUGCACAGGCAGCUGAAGAUGGAUGCCACCAUGUCAUCAUUUACACAAAGGAAGAUGUUGUCACAAGAGUCAAGGAGUUCACAGCUGGGAAAGGUGUCAAUGUGGUAUAUGAUUCUGUUGGCAAGGAUACAUACAAGGGUUCGGUGGAAUGCUUGGCGUGGCGUGGUAUGCUGGUGUCGUUUGGGCAGUCGUCAGGUAGGCCUGAUCCCAUUCCGCUGAGCGAUCUGGCAAGCAAGUCGCUGUUGGUAACAAGGCCCAGCCUGAUGCAUUACACUGCUACCCGCGACGAGUUGCUGGAGUCGGCCGGUGAGGUGUUUGCCAAUGUAGGAAGCGGGGUGUUGCGCAUCCGUGUGAACCACACAUAUCCAUUGUCUCAAGCUGCUCGCGCUCAUGCGGAUCUCCAGGCCAGGAAGACGACCGGAUCCAUCCUGCUCAUCCCAGAUGAUGCAUGAUACUCCAGUACUAGUGUAGGAGUAGUAGUUAUUCCAGUACAAAAAGUGUCUCUUCUCCAAUGCCGCUGCUGUUUCUUACUUUAGUACUCCUGUAUUUUUCAUGCAUUAUCAAUCAGGUUCAGGUUUGGUUGCCAGUUGAUGUGUGUCUGCGUGCGUUUCGUUGUGGUUUUCAUGUUGACAGGACAGGACGUAUACUAUACAUAAAUAAAGGGCAGCAUCUUUGAAAUAAA